UUUUUCAAAUUAAUUUUUAAUUUUUCAAAAAUGAUUACUACUAUUAAUUCAAUAUUUAUUAAAUUUUUAUUAAUUUUUCUUUUGGGGAUAUUUUUGUUUAUUAAUUUAAAUAAAGCAUCACCUCAUCAUCAUCACCAUUCUAGUAGUAGUAGCGAAGAAUGGCGACAUAGAGGGCAUUAUGGAUAUGGUCAUUAUGGUACGCCGUUACGUUCAUCAUGGCCAUGGGGACGUCGAUGA